CUCGCCCUCGCGGCCUUUGCCGUCGCAGAAACUACCACCACCGUCGGCUACUUCGAGCCAGACUGGAACAUCCAUAUCCCCUACUUCGCCAGCACUGCCGCCAGCGUCGCCGACAUCAACGCCGUCGCCACGACCUACCACAUCGGCUGUUUGUCCGGCGCACCCACCACCGAGUGCGACAUCAAAACCCCCUGGACGCUCAUCCAAGGCCCCGAAACCAUGAGCUUCACCGGCGUGUACGGCGCCUGGAAAACCGGAGAAGUCAACUCCGUCCUCGCCACCCGCGACUUCAAGUGUUCGUUCACCUCGUACUCGCUGUCGGCGUCCUGCUCGCUCAGCUACAAGGUCACCGGUACCACGAACGGCCUGAGCUACUCGACUUCUACUUCAACCAAGGGAACUUUUGCGACGGAUCAUGUUGCGUACUACGAGUUGAAGGUUACCGGCGGAGAAUCGCUGUACACGGCGCCCCAGGCUACUAAGACGCCUGAUGGCGCUGCUCCUCCUGCGGCGAGACCAUUGAUUACCGCGGCGCCGUUGGGUGUUGCUAUUGCUGCUGCUCUAUUGUAG